AUGGAGGCGCGAAGAAAAUACUACUAUUGCCACUCCCUCCUUAGUAUUGGCACCCUUCUCUUCUUCAUAAGCACAUUUCAGCUGUGCUCAUCAUCUCAACUUGAGCUUGAGCCGGCCCCUGAUUAUGAAUCUACCUCCCCAACGGUACCGGUACGUUUACUAUUGCAUGAUGAUUAUGCACCCAACGCAGAAGAUAUGUUCGGUCCGGAAGCCUCACAAGUUAUGACAAAUCUGUAUGAAACCAUAGACGAAGACGGAACAACAACGGAUGGUUAUCAAAACGGAUCCGAUGAUGACCAAUCCAACCAGAGUGAUAGCAACGACGACGCCGUUAUGCUGAACUAUUUGAGCAACGAAACGGAUAGCUUUGAUGAGUUGAUCGACGAAAUUGAUAACCAUAAAAAGAAGAAAAAAAUCUAUUCCCCAUUAAGAAAACCCGUAUUAAAAAGAUCCGAUAGCUCCGACUCCCUCAGCGAUUAUGAACUCGAUGAAGUACUUAGACAAACGGAAAACGAACCAGAAGAAGAUGAAGAUUUAGAUUUAUCUUUAGAAGAUUCAUUCGAAGUGAUAAAUUAUCCUUGGAAAGAUAUACUGGAAAGCUCCCCAUAUAGUACCGACCACACAAAUGAAGAAGACUUUUCCUCACUUGAAGAACUCGAAUUGGAGGAUCCUGUGCAAGAAAUGAAUUUUGGAAAGCUCAAAUUCUUUGAAAUAGGAGAUCCCGACUUGUUAAUAAGAAAAACGCCUAUCACACCUAAUACAAAAACCAAAAGUGGCUUAGAAAAAAAUGGAAACAACACAGAAGCAUCUAACAUAAAUCAGCAUGAAAAAGAAAAAAUGGACAAGAGAAAACGCAGAACACAUAAACAGUUUAAAAAUCCAAUUGAAAACUUUUCAGUUACUACCACCUAUGACGAUUUUUUAAAACAAAACGGCUUGAGAGACCACCCAUCCAAACAUCAGAAGGAUAGUAGCGAACCUUUUGUACUAGACCAAUACAACUAUAGGAAUGCAAAGUUCAAAAAUGUGAGAUUUUACAUAUUAAGAAUGCUCUAUGAUAACAUAAAAGACAUAGGUCUAAAGGAAUUUCAAUAUUUGAAAAGUCACAAAUAUGAAGUCGAAGAAUUUAUCAAAAACAUUUUAAGAAAUAAUCUCAUAUGCCUCACAUUUUCACAAGAAGAUCACCUGUUUAAUGAUGCUCACCUGUUGAUAGAAAAAGCCAGCAUCAAAAGUGAGUAA